GACCAUUCCGCCUUCUACUGUUGCCGCUUUUACUUCCGCGCGCCGCACACGUUCGACGAAACGCCGCGGCGCGCCCUCCCCCCGCGUCCACUGAGAUUCGCCUCGCGUCCCCUCCGAUUCCUUCCCCCGCUCCCGCUCCCAUCUCGCGGACCCCGCCGAGAUCGGCGGUGCCCAGCAGGAGCCCGGCUGGAUCUCCGCCUCUCGCGGCCGCCUUGAUGGUCCGUGGGCCGACGGGGCGUUGGCGGCGGAGGAGUAGGUAGCUCGCGGCGAUGAGCAGGCUCGCGACGGGGCUCCACCGCCUGCGGAGGUCGGCGUCGUCGCCGUGGGAGGUGCUGUGGUCCGCGCUCGCGUCAUGCGGCCUCGUGCUCUUCUCGCAGCUCGCCGUGGCCAUGGUGCCGCGGCUCUUCCCCUCCCUCUCGCUCCUCGCCAUGCUCCCCAUCGCGGGCCUGGUGUUCCUCGCGGCUAUCGUGCUGGGCCGGCUGUGGAGGAGGUUCAUCGGGGUGGCGGCGUCGGCGCUGCUCUUCGUGCUCUUCAACAUCCUCCUCCUGUGGGGCGUCUACGUCUUCGUCAUCCGGAGAGACACUUCUUCUCUGCUGGACAUGCUAAUAAAUGCAGAAUGUGCACUGCUUCUAUGGGGACUUUACAGAAUUUUGUCUGGUGAUCCUGGUAUUGUUGCUUGUGAUUCUUCAUAUUUAGAGGAAGCUGGCUGCAAGGAUUUUGUGGAAGCUAUUUUCCCGAGUGAGAAGCUCCCAAUGCUCUGUCGUGUCAGGCAGUGUAACUGGUGCAAAGCAAAUGUUAGGGGCUAUGACCAUCAUUGCCCUGCAUUUGGUACUUGCAUAGGACAGAAGAAUCAUCGGCUAUUUAUGGCCCUUUUGACAGGAUUUGUUGUUGCUGAAUCGACAUAUACAAUGUGCUCGACAAAAUAUAUUACCAGAUGCAUCAAUUCAGGAACUCUAAGAUCGGAGAAUCCUGUAUCUCUAAACAUGGUAAUCAGUACGAUGCUCUUCUCUAUCCUCCAGGUGGUCUGGCAGAUUGUGUUCUUGAUGUGGCACAUAUAUUGCAUCUGCUUCAACAUCAAGACAGAUGAGUGGAUAAACUGGAAGAAAUAUCCUGAAUUCCAGAUGAGGGAACAGCCUCAAUCAGAUUCAGAAGUCAAAUUUGUAAAUCCGUAUGACAAAGGCAUGCUAUGUAACAUUAGAGAAUUUCUGAAGCUGAAAUGAUAGGAAAUCAAUUUUGAAGACCUGACCUGAUGGAACUGAAACUUGGGGAAUCAGAAGUGCGUCACAGCUGAGAGAACAAAGCCCAGAAUUCUGGAAGCCUGUUUUCCUAGUUGCUACCGUAGCAUCUAUUGAGAUUCAUUGUUGUGAGCGUCAUUUGGACUCUGCUGUCUAAUUUAAGGUGCAGUUAGCAUUUUUUUGAGAAGUUGUUUUCACUGGGCGUGAAAUUGUAGGCAAGUACCUUGUAGCUGUAGAAAGUUGCUAUAUAUAUGGAGUUGACAUCGUGCUCCUUCAACUCUUAUGUUAUUGUUGCUCCCAGAAUUAAUGUAGUGGUAGUAGUGGUGCUUUUUGUUCGUAUGAAA